UCGGCUCUUCUGGGUGGAGUGAAGUUUACACAUGUACUACAGCAAAUUAGCUCGGAGGAGAGAGCUUCGGGGGCGAGAGAGGGAGACUCGAACCGGGGAUUAAUAAUCCGGGAAGGAGCCGCGACCCCCGGAGAGCGGCGGCCAUGGGGGAUGUGAGCGAGGAGGCGCUGCUGGACUACUUCCACUCGGCCGGAGGCGACUCGGGCAGGGUGAAAAACGCAGAUCUACUCAAGACAUUUAAGCCUUUCAUUGGCCACAGUGACCUGCAGCUGCGUGCUAAAUACAGGGAGGAAUUCAAGCUCAUCAUCGACCGCAUCGCUGUGGUGAAGUCAGAAAAUGGUGAGAAGUACCUCAUCCUGAAAAAGAAAUACCGACACCUGCUGCACGAGCGAGACGCCAGACCUCAGGGCGGAGGCGGGCCCCAGCCGAGACAGCCGAGUCCGGCCAGGACGGCCGCCGCCGCCGGGCAGUGGGAGGUGGCGGCGGGCGCCCCCGCGCCUCCUCCCCGGCAGGACGAGGCGGCGUCGGCGGGAGACUCCGACGGCGCCGUGGAGUCCGAGUCGGAGCAGGAUGAGGAGUCGACGGGCAGCAUGGGCUCCGCUGCCGUCGCUCUGGACCCGAUAGAGAAAGAGUGGAUCUACUCUGCCGCCGGCGCUCGAGUCCCUGACCUGUCCCAGCUGCUCCGGCAGGACCCAUCGCUGGCGAACAAGAAGGACUUCACCUCGGGGUUUACAGCCCUGCACUGGGCGGCGAAGCACGGCAACCAGGACAUGGCGGCUCUGGUGGUGAACGCCGGAGCUGACGUCAACACCAAAUCACACGGGGGUUACACACCUUUACAUAUCGCAGCGCUACACGGCCACCAACACAUGCUUGACCUGCUGGUACAGACAUACGGAGCCAAAGAAAACGUUCGGGACUACAGCGGCCAUCUGGCCUGCUAUUACCUGAAUCCACACCCCAAAGAAGCAGAAGGUCCGGCGGACGAGUGUGACCUGACCUUCCAGGUGACUCAGGCCAGAGAGCGGAACAGGAACAGGAAGCUGGCGUCGCUGUUCCACUCCAAGAAGAAGUGGGGCUCGGCAGAGGAGCUGGCCCCCAUCGAGGAGGAGAGGACGGCGUCCCAUCAGCUCGCCCUCCCUCCCUUCAGACCCAGGAAGUUCUCCCGCUGAGGGAAAAAAUAAACACUUUGUCCUUAAUUUCACACGCAUUGACGCAUUGAAGUGUGUAUAUGUGACAUACACACACACACACACACACUCUCACAUAUCAUUCAUUUUGCUCGGUGAAGAAACGGGUGCUGCAGGUUUUAAUUGCAAACAUCUCUGUGUCCGUGCGUGUAUUGAAGAUAUUCAUGCUGAAGUGUUUCUUUAAGCUUUCAAGUGUUAAUGGACGUUAAUGACCAAAUGUUGGAGCUGCAUGCCUUACCGUGGCAGAAGGUAUAAAUAUGUGAUUCCACUAGUUUUGAAUGCAUUACUAAGAAAUCGUAAAGCGCAGUGUGGCGUCAGUGCAUCCCUGUUUCUCUCAUAAACUGCAGUAUUUGUUUUUCUGUCGGCCUUAAAACGAGCUAACUGAGCUGUGAAAAUAUCCCGAAGUCUCCUGAUGAGAGAGGAGCGAGUCGCUUCUGUUCAAGAUGAAGGAAAUGUUUCUGAAUCUGGCAUUAAUGCUACAUUUAUAAGGAACUCUUUCAUUUUGUGGAUUCAGAUUUUUGUUGCCGUGGUAGAAUUCCUCCAUGAUUUAAACUAAGUAGAAUGAUGAAUGACAUCAUUCCUGCAGAAUUUUAAUUGAUUUAAAACCUUUUUGAGUGUUUCAACUUGAGUUUGAGCAGAGAUCGUUUGGCUCUGCUGCUUAAUUUGAACAUUUUUCCAGUGAAAUUCUCAUGUCGGAGUGAUUGCUCUUGAUUUGUCUGUUACAAAGUGCCUGAGAACUUUUUUGCAAAAGAGAAAAACAAAAUGCACUACGAUAUUGUUUCUUAUUCUGCCAGCUGUAAAGCCUUUCUCACUGUUCAUUGUUGUGAUUUGAUGCGGGGAAAAAAAAAAAACUUAGCUCUUGUUUUUUAUUCAGUGCUCUUUGUUACACUUUGUGUUUCAGGUGAUCGUAUCUCAGC